UACCAUUUCUUCUUCAUCAUCAUCUUAUUUAGACAUCAAUUCAUUUCUUCUCCAUCUCUAUCUCUCUCUCUCAUCGAAUUUGGUGGGAGCUUUCAACACAACGUGCUAUUUCGUGUUUUGGGUUCAUAAAAAGAUUCAAUUUUUCUUGAAUUCUUGAAGCCUAUCUUUGAUUUUCUCCUCUCCUGAUUUCUGGGUUUUGAAGCUCAAGAAAAAUGGCACAGAAACAAAGGUCAAAUGUCCCAAAAUUUGGCAAUUGGGAAAACGAACAAAACGACGUUCCUUACACCGUUUACUUCAACAAUGCAAGGAAAAACAAGGGAGGAAAGUUGAUAAACCCGAAUGAUCCACAAGAGAAUCCACAGAUGUUCGCUCAUCUCGAACCUUCGCCUCUUGCUCCGGCCACUCCUCCUCCUCCUCCUCAUGCGAAAUCGGGAGCCAGGCAAGAGGAGCCGACUGGGAGGCGGGCUGUUAGGCCCGCCCCCGAGCAAAGAGACGGUGAUUUUGGGAAAUUUAAUAAAAAUGAGCCAAAUUAUGGCAGCGGCCGUGGUAGCGGCCAAAGAUCUGACCGCUCUGCACGGCCUAGUACUACAAACUCAGAGUUAAGCUUUGAACGUUCGCCUCUCCAUCCUCAACCUCGCCCUCAGGCAAUCAAUGCUAUGGGACGAGGCACCGGAUCCCCAGCUUGGGAAGGUUCUAGAGGCCACGAUAGUAGCCAUGGCACGCCUUCUAGGUCGCGCCUAAAGCCAACUCGCUCGGAUGAAGCAAGUGAAAAAGGAGGGGCGGUUCCAAAAUUUGGGGCAUGGGAUGAGAACGACCCUCAGUCGGCUGAAAACUUCACGCACAUAUUCAACAAAGUGAGGGAGGAUCGAAACAAUGAGGGCGGGAAUGGGAACGGCCCGACUACUCCGAACCAUCACGCAUCAUACGCACAGGUGCAACGCUCCAACGAGCCUAAGGUUAGAGCAACUCAUCCAUCUAUCUAUAUAUCUAUCACCUUUUUCCUUUGAUAUGAUCUCUGUCUCAUCUCUUUGCUCUUUUUACAUGUAGCAAUGUUGCUUUCCUUGGUGGUAGAAAAUCAACGGUCGAUUCUCCUCCGUUUUGCUUCUUCUUUCUCUAUGCAAAGACAGCCUCACUUUUGUUUAUCUAUUUUGGCAAUAAAUGUGAUGAGAUGUUCAUAAUUUGGUGCUUCAUCAUCGAUGUAAUUUUUUGAGUCAUUUCUAGUCAUUUCAUCCUACGCCGUUUCCCACUUUGUACCAUGUUUUAGAAUGUAGAGUAGUUGUUUUGUGUUAGAUGAUUUUCUUUUUUUCUACUUCGAUUUUACAGCUUUCUUUAUUUUAUGGCCUUUGUACAAACAAAACGUUUCACUAUAUGAUAUAUCCACAUAUAAUUUGUCUA